CAGUCCUCAACCCCCUAACUUUCUGGCAGCAGUGGGGAAAACGAUCGAAGUUCGGUUUCUUUUUCGAACCUUCGUCUGCGCGUUUCGAGGAUAUUUCCCGCCUUUCUUGCUUCCCUUUCUCUCUGUCGGAUCUUGCGAAUUGUAAAAUAUAAAGAAGGUGCUAUGACGACGCACUUCAAACUCGAUGAAAAAUGGAUGAAAUAAAAGAAUGUGGCCAUUGGGUAGUCAUCUUUCAUGGUACCCUGAAAGAUGGCAGCUUUUUUAUCCGCCUUGGCAAUUAUGAUUUUAGGUUUAACAGAAUCUGGCAGCAACGAUAUAUGUAGUUUUAAUCGCCUGUGCACCUGUCGGAAAUCCCACCAUGAAGUCAUUUGUCGAGGAGUUCCAUUUUCUAAAUUUCCUACUCUGUCAGCAGGAACCAUUUAUCAGGUAACCUUGAUUAAAUCUGGAAUAGAAGCUCUUCACAACAAUUUAUUUGAAGGCACAAACGUUGCUUCACUGCAUUUGAUGCAAAACAACAUAAAAUAUAUCGCCCCAUGGACAUUCAGUGGAUUGGAGAAUAUCCUCACAACACUUGAUCUGAGUCACAACCAGCUGAAUCAAUUUCCACUUGCCGUCCUCAGUUCUCUAAGCAAUCUUCAAUGGUUAAAUUUGCAAGGAAACCAAAUCGACGAUGUCCAUAAUUUCAAAUGGUCACAACUGAACAGUAAAAGUAUUCUCAACAGCUUGUUCCUGGGAUCGAAUCAUAUCACAACUAUACCAGAAGGCACAUUUACGAAAUUAACCAACCUGAAUGUGUUGAAUAUAGAGGGGAACCUAAUCCAUGAUGUGGGGAGUCAUUGUUUCCCAUUGUCUGUCAGAUCCCUCUCUCUCUCGAACAAUAUCCUGAAGAAAGUGCCUCUUCAUGCAAUAUAUACUCUGAAACACUUACGGUUCUUGUAUCUGUCAGGAAAUCUGUUCCACAAACUGCCCUGUCCAUUCCAUUUAAGUGUCCCUCAUCUUGAAAAGCUGGAACUCAGCAAUAACAUGCUGAACCACAUUCCGGAAUGUGUGUUUAACGGUUCAUUUACGAUAAAAGAAUUAAAUUUGGACUUCAACUUCUUGAGAGGCCUUUCAGCAAGAACUUUCAAAGGUACGAAACUGGAAAGACUGAUUUUAUCAAAUAAUCGCAUUAGUACUGUACAUUCUGAUGCCUUUGUGGGUAUUGAGACUACAUUGACAACAUUGGAUUUAAGCUUCAAUCUAAUGGAAAUUUUUCCAUCCGCUGUUAAUGAUCUGAAAUCGCUGUUAUAUUUGUCUCUGAAAAGUAAUCUGCUGAAACAGCUCGGGAAAGGUGAUUUACAUGGGUGUCGAAGAAGCCUGGAAGUUUUAGAUCUAUCCGGUAAUCUAUUUCAACAAGUGCCCAAGAAAACCUUGAAACCGUUAUCUAAACUUCUGCGAUUGAGUCUUCAAGACAAUAGAAUUCAAAAGGUAUAUCGAGAUGAUUUUGAAGGAUGGGGCCAAUCGCUCACCACUUUAAGUUUAGCCAAUAAUAAAAUGACAUAUUUAUCAGGUGGAACAUUUUCUCAUUUAUCAAAACUUAAAGAGUUAAAACUUUCUUUUAAUAAUUUAAUGUAUCUAGAUCAGCAGGUAUUUUUACCAUUACGCAAAACUUUAGAAGUACUGGAUUUAACAUCUUCAUUCUCCCAAUACAAUCAUCCUGUAGAAACUUUCAUAAGUAAUUUAGACCGCUUAGAAUGGUUACAGAUUGAUCAUAAUAAUAUAUCUAAAAUGACGGUCCCUAGCUUUCAUUCUUUAUCUAAACUCCACCAUCUAGAUAUAAGCAACAAUGACAUGGAAGAAAUCCCAGUUGAUUUCUUUUCCUCAUCAAAACAUACGUAUUUAAGUACCGUCCAUAUUAGUAAUAACGAACUAGAAUCCAUAAAAAGUAGAACGUUUGACAGCAUACCCCACUUAUCAACAGUUGUUUUAUUUGGCAAUAAAAUAUCCAUCAUUGAAAGUUUUGCCUUUGUUAACUGCUCUUAUUUACAUACAGUGGUUCUUUCUGAAAAUGAACUAACUUCAAUUGAUUCUUCGUCUUUUAUCAACCUCACGAGGUUGUCAAAUAUUUACCUCCAAGAUAAUAAUUUAGCAUCAUUUUCAUUUGACAUCAUUAAGGGUGACACUUCACAACUUUAUUUGAAUUUAUCAAACAAUGCUUUAAAAGAUUUAGAAGGCAGUAAUGAUACUCAAAUUAAUUCAUUGAAAAUUAGGACCUUGGAUCUUACAAACAAUCGUAUAUCUGUGAUACCAGAUUCAUUUUUCCUCUCCUGUUCCAAAUAUCUUCUGCAUCUCUUUUUGUCCAAGAACAAAAUAUCCCAUCUUCCUUCUAUUAUUUCACCAAUGCUACAAGUGUUGCACUUGUCUUGCAAUAAUUUUAGCAGCUUGAAUGAAUCAAGCUUCGAGUGCUGCAGAACUGUGCAGAUACUCAUGCUGGAUCACAACAACAUAUCAAACGUUACGGAAGGCUCUUUCAGGGGUAUGGGCAACUUAAGAAUUUUAGAUCUAAGUUACAACAGCAUCGAUCGACUUCCAGAAAGUGCUUUCGUCGACACGCAAAUUGAGAAACUGAAUCUAUCUAGAAACAAUUUUAUGACGGUUCCAAUAGCCAGCCUAGAGCUUGUCAAAGGUUCGCUCAGACACCUUGAUUUAUCUUUAAAUCAAAUAGAAAACAUAUCUCUGGACAGUUUUGCAAGCUUAAAUAAACUUCAGGCCUUAAAUCUGUCUUCCAACUACAUAUCCUUCCUUCAUGAACAGAGCUUUCAUGGCUUGAACUAUUUGGUUGAACUGGAUCUAUCCCACAAUCCUCUGCAUAAGCUUUUGAAUGAAAGCCCUUUGAGUUCGCUCGUAGCCUUGAGGUCACUGCAUCUGAAUAAUGCAAGCUUAAUAUCCGUCUCAACAUUGCCACUACCACACCUUAAUGUAUUGAAUUUGAGAGAUAACUUCCUGUAUAAUGUAUCCCAGCAUGCUUUUGAGAAAUCGCGGAAUGUACGACAGUUGGAUAUGGCAGGGAAUUUACUACAGGAUGUUCCUAUUCAUCUAUGGCAAAGGACGAGAAGGCUCGUCUGUUUAGAUAUAUCUCGUAAUCCAAUUGAAGUUUUAGGCGUCAACAGUUUUUCUGGACUUGAAAAACUUCAACAAUUGGAUAUCAGUGGUUUGUUGCUCAAAAGAUUAAAUCCGAGGACAUUACAUGGACUUAGAUUUCUGACAACUAUCAAAACGGAUUCCUACGCUUCUGUAAGAUCCUUCCGUCUUCAAGACCUACUGUCCCAAGCUCCAGCUUUACGAAAGGUCACCAUAAACGUAGAAGAAUCCACUCUGUCGCACCAAGUACAGCGAGCUUUCGGAACCAAACUUCGAGAACUUGUUAUUACAGGAACAAAUUUGCAGAAGAUACUUCCAGAUGCUUUCUCGGGAUUGUCCACUCAUGAACUUACCAUAAGGAUAUGCAAUACAAUGGUGAACAGAUUUCCUGAUGGCCUGUUACGAUAUUUGCCUGAUGUGAGAUAUUUGACCUUGGAUUUAAGGAAUAAUCAGCUCACGAGCAUGGGACCCGGAGUUUUGGCGGCAGUCACCAGGGAUGGUCCGGAUGCUUAUCAGACGCAACAUAUCACAGGUGGUGUUUUACUUGAAGACAACCCAUGGAACUGUAGUUGUGAACUCUUAUGGUUAGGACGAUGGCUUAGAAGAUGGCUUCGAGAAACUUUCCACGUUCAUAUGCUUAGCGUAGAAGCAGCUCUCUACGUAAAUUCCAUUUCCCGAAAGGCAAGAUGUACCAUUCCUGGUACAAAUAGUAGUCUCCCUAUUGUGGACCUCAAAUGGUCAGAUGUCGAUUGUGAAGUUGCUGUAAGCAAAGCAACAAGUGCUUAUCGACCGAUAACAAACAUUCUAAACCAGUUGUUAAGCGUGUGUUGGUGUUUUGUUUAUUUUGCUCAAAAUUUCAUCAUACCAAACUGAAUACUGUAUGCCAUAACUCUGUCAGAGCAUCGUUGGAA